CACACACACACACACACACACACACACACACACACACACACACAAACACACACACAUAUAAAUUCCCCGUCCACCCGUCAGCCGUAAGCUAGUCAUGGCAGACAAGAAGAGUGCGCCCGUGGUCAGGAGGAAGGAGAGGUUGGUGGACAAGAAGAAGGAGGCGCAGGUGGCGGUAAAGGAGAAGGCCAAGGAGGACAAGGCCAAGGAGGACAAGGCCAAGGAGAAGAAGCCCGCGGAGGUGGUGGCGAAUGGGGAGGCCGCCGUCAACGGGACCAACGGGGUAGUAGCUGACGGGGAAGCCGCGGAGAAUGGAGAAGCCAAAGUGGAGCCCAUUGAGCUGCCACCCUUCGAAAUAACGUCGGGCGACCGGAUGGACCCUUUCUUCUUCAAGUUCCAGUUUAAGAAUGUGGAGUACUCCUCGGGCCGCAACAAGACCUUCCUCUGCUACCUGAUGGACCCUGGCAAUGACGGGCUGCUCAUGCGAGGCUACCUGGAGGACGAGCACGCCUCUGACCACGUGGAGGAGGCCUUCUUCAAGCAGGUGCUACCCUACUACAACCCCAAGACAAAGUACACCGUCACCUGGUACAUGUCGUCUAGCCCGUGCGCGGCCUGCGCCGUCAAGCUGGUGGAGAUCCUAAAGGCGCGGCCCACGGUUCGCCUCACCAUCUUCUCCGCCCGCCUCUUUAUGUGGGAGGAGCCAGAGAUCCAGGCGGGGCUGAAGGCGCUGACGGCGGCAGGCUGCAAGCUGCGCAUCAUGAAGCCGCUGGACUUCACGUACAGCUGGGACACGUUCGUGGACAACGACUGUGACACCUUCACGCUGUGGGAGGACUGCCAGGAGAACUACGAGUACUAUCAGGAAAAGCUGGCCGACAUCCUGCAGUGACAGACCCUGGAGAUCAGUUGGAAAGGAUCAUGAGAAAACACCUGUCAAUUCCCUUACAACAACUGCAGAGCUGUAAUGCACAUCUUAGUGUGUGUGUGUGUGUGUGUGUGUGUGUGUGUGUGUGUGUGUGUGUGUGUGUGUGUGUGUGUGUAUGUGUGUGUGUGUGUGUGUUUGUAUGUUUCCAAGAGUGUGUGAGUGAGUGGAUCUGUUUGCUGUGCACCAAUUUGUGAUAUUAAACUGACAAUAUUUGUUUUGAACUGACAUGUUGAGGAGGACUACUGAAUCUCAGUGGAACUUGCACAAGAUAUUUUUUAUGAAAUCUUAACAAUAAUGUACAUGCCAGAGUUCAUACAUCACAUUGAUAAUGAUAACUGUUCAGUUAUUCUGCAGCAUGAACUUGCUAUCUCGGGCCUUUUACAGAGUCUAUUGUGUAUGCCCAUCAGUCACUAUACUUUGAAAUAAUAAUACGAGAAAUCAUUCUAUUGAAUAUACUGGACUGAAAUCAUUCGUAAUGUGCAAUAUCUGCACUAUUAUUUUAGGGAUGAGAAAAUACAAUAUUAUUUUAGAGAUAAAAUGACUUUAUGAUCAUAUGCUAAUCAAAGGAAUAUUAUCAACCACCUUUCACCAUUGAGAAGAGAAAUUGUUUUGAUUGAUGAUUUAUUGAAGUCAGAUGAUUUUUUUUAUUUUGUUAUGUUUUUUAAACGUACCUAGAAUCAUGUAUGAUCCAACUCACAAUUUUUUAAGAAUUAAAAACUUUUAACACUCAA